AUGGAUGUCGUAAACAAAACGUCUCUACAGGGUAUGAACAUGAAGGUCGUCGUUCAUCCAAUCGUUCUUUUAUCUGUUGUCGACCAUUACAACAGGUCCGCCCAGGGCACUUCCCGUAGAGUCGUCGGAACAAUUUUGGGAGAAUACAUAAGCGGAGAACUGCACAUCACCAAUUCCUACGCCAUACCCUUUGAGGAAGACGUUAAAAAUCCUCUCGUUUGGUACUUUGAUCACAACUACCAUGAAACCAUGUUUAAAAUGUUCAGAAAGAUUAAUGCCAAGGAGAAGGUCCUUGGCUGGUAUAGCACCGGUCCCAAGUGUAAACUGGCCGACUUAGAAAUCCACGAGCUUUAUCGAAAAUACUGCCCACAUCCCGUAUACAUAGUCGUUGACAUAACAGAGAAAGAGGAGCUUCCCAUUGAGGCUUACAUUUCCGUCGAGGAACCCACUAACGAUUCCAGGUUCAGGCGCACUUUCGUUCACGUUCCCCUUUCCGUCGGCUCCUUUGAGGCCGAGGAAGUUGGCUUGGAACACCUGCUGAGGGAUCUGACCAAUGCAACCACUUCGACCCUGUCAAAAAAGGUUGAAAGUAAGAUGAGUGCCCUGAGGACCUUGGUGUCCAAGUUAACUGAGAUUGUUGAGUAUUUGGGCGGUUUAAUUUCCGGCACCUAUUCGAUUAACACGUCCAUUAUAUACAUGCUACAGGACAUUUUUAACAUGUUUCCUUCUAUGGACGACGAGGAGCUCAUUGAGGCCUUUGCGAUUAACAUGAACGACACUACGAUGACUUCGUACCUCGGCAGCAUCAUCCGGGCCAUGAUUGCGCUUCACAACCUGAUUAACAACAUGGAGGAGAACAAGAGACGAUCGCAGUUGAAAUUGGCUUCCUCGGCCGCUCCCACGCCCACUGCUGGCACCAGCACUUAA